AUGCAUAACAAACCCUCGAGCGCCUGCGUCUGAUUCGCGCCGCGACUGCGUGAGUUGCGGAGAUCAAUAAAAGGGCCCGUUAUUUGCCAUCACAUCAACCCAACGCAGAAUAUAUUUUGUCCAGGAUGAAUGUUUUCUUACAGUUUGUGUUUGCGCUCUCCUUGACGAAGAUACAGGCUUCUGUGUAUCCAAAAGCAGAUGACGGCAGCCUAGUGCCUUGUCUCGCACCUACUCAAUGGGAGGGGAGGUCUGUUGAAUACGACCACUCCACCGGCCGGAAUACACGGUCUGCCGUGUCGUAUGAUGCCAAGAACCAGAGAAUUAGAAUUCUCCAACAAAAUAAAAGACACACACCAUGUGAGAAGUUCUUUGAAUACAUCUACCUUUAUAAUAGUGGCAUAAUGUUCCAGAUUGAGCAGAAGACCAAGCAGUGUUCAAAGAUAGCUCUGACCCAGGCUUGGGAUCCCUUUGAUAUCCCCAAUAACUCCACCUAUGAAGACCAGUACUUCAUUGGGGGCCCUGGGGAUAUGGUUGAGGUGCAGGAGUGGUCAGACAGGAAACCAGCCCGCAAACAUGAGGCCUGGGUUGGUGUCUACACAGUGAAGGACUGCUACCCUGUCCAGGAGACCUACACCAGGAACAGUAGCGUGACCACCUCCACCCGCUUCUUUGACCUUGAGUUGGGAAUCAGUGAUCCUGCAGUGUUUACUCCACCCAGCACCUGCCAGUCUGCCCGCCUGGAGUGGAUGAACUCUGACUGCUGAGAUGUUCCCUUUUAACCCAUUAGAUGUAAAAUGGAUAGAUCCAUUGUCAAUAAAUGACUAAAAUGACUAAACAUGUUGACAAUAAACUAUGAUCAGAAAGGAGUACAGCUGACCAAUAAGCAAAGAUGUAUGUUGCAAAAAUAUGAUUCACUGGGAUUAUUAUGUGAUUGAUUUCAGAGAUUGAUAAUCAGAUACAGUCAAAAUGUAGUGUAAAAUUACAAUUUAAAGUACAUGUUUACAGUACCUAAAAACUCAUCACUUUGAUUCUGAUUUACUUGCAGGACUAAACUUUAGGUCACUUUUGUAGAUUCAUACUGGGCUAGACAAUUCUGUAUUUGUGAAUGCUUUGGUGUCUUUAUUAAAAAAAAAUAUUGCAGUGUAUCUGAACUGUAACCAUGAUAGUCAAUGAUGCUUAAUAAUGCUAAUGCUAAAAUGCUUAUUAAAAGU